GUUCGGGUCCAGAAUGUAUGACGCACCAGUUGAAAGCAAAUUCGGUUCUUGUUUCGUUGGAUAUGCAUCAUAGUUCCGGGGCUGCGUCCAAGGAAUUCAAGGAACGGCACCUCUUUCCCGUGUACAAAGGCAAACCAAGCCCAAAACAACCCUUACACAUUUCUGCAUUGGAUCAAUACCCUGCCGUGGUAACUCGAUUCCAAUCCCAAUCCAUUACGAGAGACCUUGUGGAUAUUACUUAUUUAAACUGUAUUCCCCUCGCCAUCUCGAUAACCCAUUCCAGUUUCUACUUCUAAAUCCAGUCCAAGUCUAAGAAAACCAAGUCCAAAUCGAAAAGUUACGAAGCACAAGCUUUCGAUAUUCCACAUCACAUACCACGAAACAUCUCAUCUACACACGCGUCCAAGUCGACCGAAAUCUCACAUAAUGCCUUUCACCGCAAGCGAUAUCUGCAAGAUUAUUCUUGCCAUCCUCCUACCGCCUCUAGGUGUCUUCUUAGAGCGAGGAUGUGGAGCCGACUUCUGCAUCAACGUUCUGCUCACCAUUCUGGGUUACAUCCCGGGUAUCAUACACGCGCUGUACAUUAUUCUGAAAUAUUAAGACUGCUCAAGUGGCCUGCGGCUUUCCUUAAUUUUUCGUAAUGCAGCGACAGCAUAGCACGAUUCAACCAUAGACGACAUUUGACAGGAUGGACCAAUGGCGUGGCAGCGCAGGGGUUCGUGAUUUCCCGGAGGCGUCUGCGUGGAUCCAACCAUUGCUCUCUGUCUUUUCAAGCUAGUGGCGGGGGUGCAUCGCAUGACACCGGAUUUUGGCUCUGACAAACGUCACUCGACUUCUUGUCCAUGCAAUCACGUUCCAGCAUUUCAGCCCGCCUCAUAAUUUCGACGACUCGAAUAUCUCUGUUUCUUUUACUCUUAAUCAAAAUCGCGAUGGUUUGCAGGAAGGACGGUUUGGGGGGGAAGGGCCGAGGAUACGGCUCAGUUGAGCAUUAAUUGCUUGCUACCUAUAUGUAUUCAUGACGAUUUUUAGACUUCCUACCAGCAUUAAUGAUUAUGAAUCUCGAUACCCCCUAACAACCUGACC